AUGGCAACAGCUGGAGAUGUCCCAGACGAGCCUGGGCAGCCUCCAGGACUGACAGCCCUUGCACUUGCCCAAGAAUCUCAAGAUCCCAAAGCCAAAGAGCAGAUUAUUACUCCCUUCGAUGUUUCUGGCGGGGUUGACGAGCAUGGCAAGGCAAUUGCGAUUGACUACGACAAGUUGAUUGACAGAUUUGGAUCUCAACGAAUAGAUCAAGCUCUGCUAGAGCGCUUCGAGAGAUUGACUGGACGCAAACCUCACAGAUUGAUGCGCCGUGGCAUGAUAUUUAGCCAUCGGGAUCUAGGCUUCAUAUUGGAUAAAUAUGAGAAAGGCAUCCCAUUUUUUCUGUACACAGGGCGAGGUCCAAGCAGCGAUAGUAUGCACGUUGGACAUGCGAUUCCCUUCGAAUUCACAAAAUAUCUUCAGGAAGUGUUUAAUGUACCCUUGAUCAUCAUGCUCACAGACGAUGAAAAAUUCAUACACUCACAAAAAUUGACAUUGAAAGAAUGCAAGCAAUUUGCCCGACAGAACGCUAUGGACAUUAUUGCCAUAGGUUUUGACAAGAAGAAAACUUUCAUAUUCGCGGACUCUGAAUUCAUAUACGGAGGCCAAGGCAUGGACUUCAGUCGCCAUAUCAUGGAGAUCGGUAAGAGAACAACCAACAACCAGAUCAAAGGCACAUUUGGUUUCAACGACACCAACAAUAUCCUCGAAUUCGCCUUCCCGGCAACCCAAUCCGCCACCGCCUUCGCCCCCUCCUUCCCCUUCAUCUUUGGCACCGACCCCAAAAAAACCUCCAAAGUCCCCUGCCUGAUCCCCUGCGCCAUAGACCAAGACCCCUACUUCCGCCAAUGCCGCGACAACGCGCCCCGCAUUGGCCUCCUCAAACCCUCCAUAAUCCACACCGUCUUCCUGCCCUCCCUGCGCGGCAAAGAAUCCAAAAUGUCCGCCUCAGAUCCAGACUCCACCAUCUACCUGUCCGACACGGACAAGCAGAUCCAGAAGAAAGUCGGCAAGGCGUUUUCUGGUGGGCAGGAUACGCAAGAGCUGCAUCGGCAAUUGGGGGGACGGACGGGCGUGGAUGUGCCGUUUCAAUACUUAAGUUUUUUUCUCGAGGAUGAUGAUCGGUUGGAGGAGAUACGGCAGCGAUAUGAGAGCGGGGAGAUGCAGAGUGGGGAGAUGAAGAUUACGGCGGCAAAGGAGCUGCAGGCUUAUGUUCAUGCGUUUAGGGAGAGGAGGAAGGCGGUGACGGAGGAGGAGAGGGAUGAGUUUAUGAGGCCGAGGCAGUUGGUUUUUAAGGGGAUGCCGGGGGAGAAGGAGCAGAGGGUUGCGUUGGAGGCGAGGAAGGGUGUGUUGGUGAAGGAGCUGGAGAGGGUGGAGAGGGAUAUUGAGGGAAUUCAAGUGCCGGAUGGGACUUGA